CCAAUCCAAGCCCAUGUCCUCCUAUUCCUACCAUUGCCCCAUAUCCCUUAUCCACAAAGCAGCUUUUAAGACUCGCAUCGUCACAUCUCUCUCUCUCAUUCUGCAAUACAAAAUGUUAUCCAUGGCUACUUCAUCUACACUCCAUACUACUUUCACUUGUCAUUCCUUUCGUUAUCAGAAAUCCUUUAACACCCCCUUUUGCCUUAACAAAAAUCCCAUUUUGAAGAAAACAAUCAAAACUCCAACACUAACUGCUUCGGCUGCCACGGAAGCUGUCACUGAGACUGAAACACCAUCCGACUUCAUCAUUCCUCAGAAACCUGAGGUGGUGGUCAAGCAAGUUGGAAAGCCAAGACUGGUUUUGAAAUUCAUAUGGAUGGAAAAGAACAUCGGGCUUGCCCUUGAUCAAGUCAUACCGGGCCACGGCACUGUUCCUCUAAGUCCAUAUUUCUUCUGGCCAAGGAAAGAUGCCUGGGAAGAGCUCAAGGCCACUCUAGAAAGUAAGCCUUGGAUUUCUCAGAAGAAGAUGAUUAUCCUUCUCAAUCAGGCCACUGAUAUCAUCAAUCUAUGGCAGCAAAGUGGUGGCAACCUUUCCCAGAGCUAGAUGUGCAUUUCUUUAUAUAAUUUUUUUUGUCUUAGCUAUGCAAAAUGGCCUCGGUUAAUCAACUGAAUUUGAGAAUGUUUGGUUUGAAACCUCUUAGCUCUGAACUAAGAUAUGAAUUGUUGGUUUUAAUACGAUAACAAACACUGCUGAAUUGUUGGUA